CAGGCGGCCAUCAAAACAUGCCAUUCUAAUCUCUACACUCCAAGAAGCGGCCGCCGUAUCGAUAGGGAGACAUGGACCGCGCCGCCGCCACCAACCCUCGGAGCUUUGCCAAGGCCGCCUUCCGCUUGGUUCCCUGCGCCAGCCCCGGAGCUGUUUGCUGGAGCGAGCUGAUCACUGGAUAAGACCCCCGAGGUCAAAAAUGCCUCCUCAGUUGCCCAGCGAGUUGGCCUUAGAGCCAAAAAGCAUAAAUGGGCCCUCUGUUGGCUGUGAUCAGUUUGGACUCAGGAUGACCAAAAGGCUACCUCUGGAAUCGAGCAGGUCCCCUCCUGCUGGCAACCUUGACACUACAGCCAUGCUACUGAGACGUGUGGCUAACCUUCCCAUGUGCUGGCUUAAGAAAUGGUUCCACCUUUGGCAGAAUUUCUCUGGAGCACUGAUGAAGGCUAUACUGAUGGGCAUUGCCAAAGGGGCAUGCAGACUAGCUGCAGCCGCCCCUUUGGAGAAAAUAAAGAGACCUUUUGGGGGAAAAGAAGAUCUUGGGAGAGAUAAAAGCAAACUGGACGAUGGAGAGAAGCUCAACGGCAGAGUUAAUCCACAAGGGUAUCUUAUCCUGAGUAGCCUUGAAAGCUGGUCCCAAGAGGCUGUAGAAAGUUUAUUUGAAGAUGGACAUUUUGGAGAGUGCUCAGAACAGUUUUUCAGUGGUGCUAAAAUGGAUAAGAUGGAUUCGGAAGACACUCCUGCGCUGUGUCUGAUACAUCAUUCCAUCUCCUUUGACUUUGAAAAUGAUUCGGAAAGCUCAUCGGACGAAGACAUGGGCCUGGAGGAUGCGGAGUGUCCUGGGGGUUUUCCCCAGGACUCAUUGGAAGGUUUGGGAUAUUUUGAAGAUUCCUGUAGCUCCCAUGAAGAGUUUGGGGAUUUUGAAAAUGAUCCUGAAGAGGAUUCUAGGGAGAGUGUGGAGAGUCCCUGGCUUUCCCAGGAGCGCAUGGAGAGUGUCCAACAUAAUGGGGAUUUUGUGAUGUUUGAGGAACAAAGUGUGGAAAGUACAUCCGAUGCUCCAGAAGAUGGGGAAUACCUGUCACAGUAUGGGAAGGCUAAGGAGAACUUGGGGACACCUACCAUCUCAUGUGGCUUCAAGAGCCCCCUCGUGCUCUCUUUGUUCUACAGUCCAUCAGAGGAAGAAGAUGAUGAUGAUGAUUCAGAAGACUGGUCAAGUGAAGACGAGAUGGAAGAGACCGGUCAGUCGUGUUUAGAUGGUGCUGUCUCGGAAAAUGGAGACCGUUCUUCUUCUGCAGCAGAAGAUGUCUCUCGACGUCAGGAUUUCCCUCAGAGCUUCUGUGGAUCCGGCUUCCCCAACAUGGACCCCUUCCAUUCACUCUGUGUUUCCAAACCCAUCCAGCCGUCCACCUUCGUCCCAUCUGAGCCCAAGAAGCACAAGGAAGUCACGGUCUCCUUUCAUUUAAGAAAGCCAGAUUCUAAACCGGAGGAGUUUGGUCGUCCUCCCAAACCGUCUUCCCCAAAAGACCGAGGAUCUGCCCCUGAGCAUCCAACUCACCAAAGCUGCCAGCUGGAAACCGAAAGAAACCGUGACUUGGUCACCACAGAAACAUCCUUCAGUUCCCAGAAGGGAAGCCAGAUGGUUAAGAAGGUUCGAUUCUCUCCUGAGGUCACUGUCCGUACGCUGGUGGUCUGGGAUUUCGCUUCCCGAGCAGCUCGCCGGGGCCCCUGGGAGGAAAUGGCCCGCGAUCGCUGUCGUUUUCAGCGCAGAAUUGCAGAGGUGGGAGCCGUCUUGGAGCCCUGUCUGGGGACGGAACAUCGUGCCAGGGCUUGGCGGAAGAUCCAUAGGGCCCUGGACCUUGUUCAGCAGGAAGACGCUGACGAUACCCUCAACGGUUCAGCCGGGCGGGAGAAGCCGUCUGUCUAAACGAAGCUGUGAGCAAAAUGGCUGUUCUUAGCCUUUAGCCUACAGUGUAGCAAGAUUACCGAUCAGUCUGGCCUACUAGUCCAUAUCCUCUCAGGGGGAGCUAGACUGGGGGGAGGGGGCCAGGACCAAGAUCUUUUGGGUCUCCCUUUUCUGAAUAAAUGCACUGAUCCUAAAUUAUUGCUACCUCAUUCCCCUGCAGUUUGUAUCCUCCUCAUAAAACAGAACCACAGUUGUCGUGACUUCAGUGUGUGUACAAGCGAGGUCUCUGAUGUAAUGUUUCUGGGCUGUUGCAACAGUGAGCAAGGCCUGUGCAAUGUGUUUGCAACAGUGAGGUGGCGUAGUGGCGUUACCCUUUUAUGGGAUGCUUAGAGAACCUGUGGCAGGAUGGAGCUUUGGUCCCAGCUCCCACUCGUCUUGAAUAUUGUUGCAGGAUAAUGCUGGAUGGAAAUGUAACUGGGCAGGCUAAAAUGCCUCAUUCGCAUAGUGUUCCAUGUGGCUGGCUUCGCACUGAAAUAGGAUUUUAGCUGCUGCAGUUACAGCAUUAGAAUUCUGUGUGUGCAGGCCCUCCCACUGGGGUUUAAACACCUGGAACCCCACACGGGGCUGGCUUAAAUCCAUCUCUUUAAACUGGGACUCGGCCUUCGGGAUAGUUGUAGAGGGUGCUUAUUUUCAGGGUGUUUUUUUAAUCUAAAUUAUUGCUGUAAUGCUCUCUCGCCAUCGGGACAUUUUAUUAAUCUUUCUGUAUCGUAUGUAAUAACUACCUGACAGUUUAUUUUUUUAAAAUAUUACUGCAUAAAUAAAUUGGUGUUAUUUCAACUGUCUGUAUAAUUUAAAAAAAAAAAUCAAAGCUCUUGCUUC